AUGCAUCUACUGAACCGUGUUGCUGUCGCCUUCCUCUUGCUGUCCUUGGCUUGCCGGCUGUCUUUUUCAAAAGAGACCGAACAACACUCUGAAAAUUCUUCAAAAGUGAUCGAAUGCCUUCAUCUAGAUGUAGACUACUGCCCAGAAGCAGCCAAAUGCUGCCCGCUCGGGGUAGAUGACUACGGCUGGGUCGCCGCUGCGGUUGGCUGGAGUCUGUGGUUUCUCACUCUCAUCCUAUUCUGCAUCGAUAAACUCAACAAACUCCAGCCUGAUGAACCCAAACACUUGGAAGCGUGAGAAA